AUGGAUCGGCCCGGGUUCUCCAACAAGAACAACGCCGUUGUUGCCGACGCGCGGAGUGUGCUCGAUGGAGACGACGCCGACGGCGGCGCAGCUGCCGCUGGCAACGUCGACAUCGAGAGGGCGCCGCGGCAGCCUUCGCCGCCGCUCCAGCCGCGGCGCCCGCCGCUGGAGCCCCCGCCGCUGGAGCCCCCGCGGCGGGAGAGCUCCUCGCUGCGGGGCCCGCCCUCUUGGAGCGAGGAGCCCCCGGCGGCGCCGCCCCCGAGGAGCCCAGCGCAGCCGCGGGAGCCCCCCGCGCAGGCGGGCGAGCCCCUGCCGCAGCGGGGCGAAGAGCUGCAGGACGCCUUUCUGCCGCAGGACGGGGCGCCGCAGCGGCUGCAGCCAGGCGCCGCAGUCUUGUCCGCGCCGCUGUCCUACAGCGGCCCGCUGCUCACGCCGCCGACGCAGGACAUCCGGAGCAUGGCCGAGGAGAGUCCAUCGUGUGGAGCCGGCUCGGCCCCUGCCGCUUCGGGCGCAGCCUGCUGGCGCCGUGGCUGCCAGACAGCGCCUGCCGGUGGGACGACUGCCUGCAGUGCAGGGGGGGCUACUGCCUGCUGGAGAGCUUGCUGCUGGAAUCACCGAUGCCCGUGGCGGGCGAUCACAAGUGCCCAGAGCCCUCCGGCGGCCAGGUCUUCAGGAACGGCAGCCAGCCCCUAG